AUGAAAUUAGAAUUUAAAGAUGCUUUCUGGGUGAGUGAAAGUGAUGCUAUCGAUCCUGUGUAUUCUUAAUGGGUUUUUAUUCAGGGCUGGAGCUGAGCGUUACACUUAUCUAGGAUGUGAAGUUAGUGUAGACUCAGUAUGUUAACUUUUCUUUUUUUUGGAGGGGGUGUUGCAGGUGUACUCAUUUGCCUUUCACUCCUGUUUUUAUUUCAUUGUUUGUCCUAUUUCAGUUAUCUGUUGGGUGUUUCCCUGUUUGAGGACUUAUGAUGUUUGCUUUUUAACUCUGUAUCUCACUUUGAUUCUCUCUGAAUUGAUGCUUUGAAUGAGACAUGAACCCAAACCUAAACUUGGAAAAACAGACAUUAAACCAGAGAUGUCACACACAAAAAUAGUCCAUUAUUUUUUAAAGCAAAAUCUCCAAAAGUAGUGCACAGAGGGCAAAAUAAUGUUCUUGUACAGCGGGGUGAUAACAGAAACUGACAUUUCAUUACUGCUCAGAGAAACUGUUAAUAUAACUGCAUUAAUGCAAUGAGGGGCAAAAAUAAAGAAGUUAUUGGAUGUAACCGGCUGCCGCAAAAGAUAUCCAACCGCAACCACAACACAAGUGCCAGAAAAACAACAUUGGCUCAAGUUUACAGUGUGAAAUUUUUAUGCUCUCUUUAUGAUCACCCUGUUGUCUGUAUUUAAACAUUUGACAGAUUUUCAUUUAAAGUAUGAAUUAACUCAGAGAUUUUUACAUCAGUGAUGUUCCUCUCACAUUAGUCCUACUUCAGCAGACUGAGAAUGCCUUCACACAAGGAGGGACUUUGUUCUCCAUUCAGAGCCCUUGGGAUAGUGAAUACCUGUAUUUUCGAAGUUUAGUCUCGUAAUCGUGUUUUUGAUGAUGGUGAUUUAUGUGAUGCAUUUAUGGCACUCUAUAAACUCUGGUUUGUAUGGGCUCUUACUAUAAAAUCUGCUGCUAAAUUACAACCUUUUACUCCCUUACGAAUUACCUGGUUAGACAAGAGUUAUUUUUUAAUCAUAUUUCCAAAAUUAUUGUCCUCUGUGAGCUCAGCUUAUACACUUUGACAAGUUUGACAUUAUUUCCAUGAGUCAGCUCACAGAGAAAAGACGUUCCACCAUCUACCCACUCUCUUGCCUUGUCAUACCUGCGACCACUUCCUGCCACGGGUCGUUUAAGUUUAGUCUUUCUAAACUAGCUACCAGCACCUUUAACAUACUGUUCUCAAGCUUACCCACACUUCAGUUUUUGUUCAGACAUAUUCCUACAGUACUCCUUUUUACCCAGUCCCAUUUUCAGCAUUUUUAAACAUUUUAAGGUGAUCAUUGCUGGGGUGAAUUUUAUAAAUACAGGAUAGCUCUCUUUGUAAUCAAAUGUUUUCUUCAAAUUGUACAUCAAAUGAUUAGAAAGUAGAAAUGAUAAUUCUUGACUUUAGGACUAUUUUUUCAAAAUCUAGCAUGAGGUUGUGAGGUUUUUCUUUGGCUUCAGUCUUAAUCCUGGAUCCAAAAGUAAAAGCGGGUGUCAUGGAUGGUAUCUGUGGUUUUAGGGGUCAGACUUCAUCAGUAAUGUUGGGUGUGAGACCAUCUGCCAGAGACUGAACGAUGGUCGACGAACUUGCAAAGACAUGGAGGAGCUCUUGAAAAUGAGGUGGGUUCAUAUAUGUCUUAAAUAUAGCAAAUGAAUUAAUAGAAGGAUCUCAUUAAAUUCUGCUUAGAUUGAUACUAUAAUGUUAUCCAUUAGGGCAUCAGCGGAAGAGAAAUACGGAAAGGAAUUGGCUGCAAUCGCCCGCAAAGUUGGGGGUAUAUAUGAGAUCUGGUAGGUGUGUGUGUGUGUGUGUGUGUGUGUGUGUGUGUGUGUGUGUGUGUGUGUGUGUGUGUGUGUGUGUGUGUGUGUGUGUGUGUGUGUGCAUGUGAAUUUAAACUCUCAGACAAUCUGUGAUGCACAUUUCGGUGCAUAGAAAAGACACACCCUAAAAAGUAACUCUCAUUCGUUUUGGUUUCACAGCACUUUGAGAAAAUCCUUUGAUAUCAUGAAAACACGUAAGAAGCCCAGAGUUUAUUUCCUGCUUUAAUUUUUUUUUUGUUGUUUGUUUGUUUAAGUUGCAUCUUUUGGUAUUUUUCCAGAAAUUGAAAACGUAGGAAACUUGCACAUUCAGCUUUCUGGAUUCCUGAAAGAGGAGGUGAAGAGAAUGGAGCAGUUCAGAGAGAGACAGAAAGAACAGAGAAAAAAGGUGCCAAUGAAAAUAAAACUGACUGUUCUUCAUUUGCAUAGGGAGGAAAUCUAAAAAGAGCUGCCUCUCUCUCUGUGGUUUUGUUGUGAUGAUGACUUCAUUCACUGACAUUAUCUUGUCCUUCACUUAUUAGUUUGAGUCCAUCAUGGAUAAGGUCCAAAAGGCCAAGGUCUCUCUUCACAAGAAAACAAUGGAAGUAAGGCCCAUUUGUAUACUUAUGAUCUUCUACAGGGUCCGAUUUGAUGGUUACGGUGUCUCUUGUUACCAGUUUUCAGCCACAGUUGUACUGCUGUCUGCCGAAUUAUUAAUAAAACUCUUGAAGUGCCUGUGAUGAAGUUAUCUCAGGUCAGUCUUAGUGUAGCUACAUCCUGCUUUUAUGUACACAAAGAGUGCAUGCAAUGCUGCAAAGCUGCUUUCACAGAAGUAGGGAAGCAUUGCCCUAAAUAUCUUGCAUGUGCAAGAGGAAGAUGGUUACGCAAGACAGUAAGCAAAUCCAAGUCCUAAUACCAGUUUGAUGGACACAUUAAGAAGCUCACACUUCUCCAUCCUUAGAAGAAGGAAGUAGAGUCAAACUUGUUGCACUUCUUUGCAAAUGCAUGUCCCUCGUCUCUUAACCCCACCUUUUUCCUGACAAGGGGUUCAUAGAGCCAUGACGUUUUUGACAAAACAUGAGUGUUAUGGUUUCACACCUCUUACGUUCUGUUUCCUCAAAAGUCUAAGAAGUCCUAUGAGCAGCGCUGUAGAGACGCAGAUGAGGCAGAGCAAAAUGCAGAGAAACUGGGGAAUGCUCCAACAGCCACUCCUAAACAGAUUGAGAAGGUAAAUCUGAGGUGGUACUCAAUAGAUGCAACAACUUUUGGAGACAGUUUACAGCAGACAUUUGCCACUACUUCUGAUGAAAAGUGAAAGCUUUCCAAAGCUGCCCUCUAUACCCACAGAGACUUAUUCUAUUCAGUGAAUUGAAAAUGUGUAAAUUGAUUUUAAAGCUUCAAAUCAGAUUAAAAAUGUAACUCACAAGGGCAAUGUUAAACACUGACGCAGUAAACUAAAAUUCUGUAUACUGAAAAAGCACAAGUUUUAAAGAUAAUGUGUCAUUCUCUCUGUUUUUGAAUAGAUGAACACCAAAUCCAAACAGUGCAGAGAGGCUGCAGAAGAGGCUGGUAGGGACAAAUAAUGAGUUCAAGUUUGUCUGAGGAAUCAUAGUUAUUUCUCCACUGUCUGUGCCAGAGUUCUGGAGUUUGGUCAUAUUCACUUCUCUCUCAUGACUUCUUACAAUUUCUCUAGAAAAACAGUACAUAUCAAACAUUGAACAGCUUGACAAGACUAGAGAAGAGUGGGAAUCAACACACAUCAGCACAUGUGAGGUAAAGUGCAGCACGAGACAGGUUUUGUAUUUCUGAAACACUUUGAUGUUGAUGCAUGGUAGAACAAUAGUGGCAAUAUCUGCAGUUUGUUUUGUCAAUGAGGAUGUGAAGUGCUUCCUACUGGCGGAGUAAAGUGAGUCUCUUAUCUGAAUGUUUCCAUGCAGCAAAGUAUCCCCCCAUGAUUACAUCUACAAAGCAGAGGCUCAUACCUGUACAGAAAGUUCAAAUGAAGUCGAGAGUUCAUGUUGUCUGGAUCUAAAAUCUCACUGUUUUGCAGAUUUUCCAGCAACUGGAGGAAGACCGUCUGAGUAUACUAAGGAACGCUCUGUGGGUGCACUGUAACCAUUUAUCGAUGCAGAGUGUGAAAGAUGAUGAGGUGUGUGCAGCUGUUCCCACAUAUCUACAUAAUAAAAGCCUUCCAGUCUCCUGAGAUGAAAAUUUAUUAUUUUUUUCAAAAUAAAAUUAUUCUUCCAGUGUUACGAGGAAGUGAGGAUGACGUUGGAGAAGUGUGACAUCACCCAGGACAACAAUAGCUUUGUGGAGAUGAAAGCGACAGGCUCCACCCCUCCAGGUAGGGUCUACUCACUGAACAGGUUUCCUGAUUUAGAUUUGAAUAUGUUCCAUAAUGGAGAUUUCAAUAUUAUCUUCAAAUGGCUCCUACAAUUUGCAACUGAAUCGUUUUCUGAAACUGACUGGUUCUUCCACAGCUCCUAUUGAAUAUCAAAACUUCUACGAGAGGGACAAUCUCGGCGACAGUAAUGGCAGUGCUGGGUUUGUGGGAGGCGUCAUGAAAAGGUUAGAGUUACACAAAAGGAGAAACCUGCUCCCAAGUCAAUAACUUCAUAUGAUGCUGAAUUUUACAUUAUAUUAUUGGUCUUCACAGUAUGUCUUUUUAUGAGUUUCAAGCUGAUGUCUUUCCUCUAUCUGUAGGUUUACAAAUCUUCUACCGGGGAAUAUUUCCUGCGGCUCUAAGCUGAGUCUCAAUGAUCCAGUUGCACAGCCUCAUGGUAAAGCUCUUAAGUAAUUCAGGAACUUUUCCUUUUUUUCAAACAUUAUGUCAGGAACAAUUGUGAAAUCACUCUUUUGAUGCAACACACGACAUAGAUCAUUGUAGUUACUCUACUUAUUCAUUACACCAGUGCUUCUCAAACACGGUGGCCUUGUUUAACUAGUAUGCAAGAUUGAUUAUAUCAAACACAGUUGUUUGAGUAAAUAUUAACAUUGGAUAGGACCUCCAAAAACAAAUAUGACUUAGCCCCGCCUAUAAGAGACAUAGCUGCAACUUUGUAGCAGUUUGUAAAAGCUUUAAAACUUUUACAAGUGUUGGGAUCUAGAGUGUGAACUAUAAAUAGAUUCAAAAACAGCUCAUAGGUAAGUAGAGAUUUAUAUCAAUAACAAAAAGACUGGACGCAAGUAUCCUCGAUCCCCCCCAAUAGUAGUGCAACCUAAAUUCUAAAACAGUUUGGGAAUAAAAUGUCAGAACCACCACUUUGUGAGAGGCUGUGUGAGCAAAUGGUUUAAUAAUUUCAGGAUGUUACUCAGUAUAAAAUCACUUUAAAAUUAAAUUUGGGGAUUUCAUCAUCGACUGUACAUUUUAUCAUUGUAAGAUCCUGAGUAUCUGUAGAAAUCUCCCCACAGAAGGAACAAGGCAGAAAACAAAUAUGGGAUGGCUGUGAUCUUUGAGUCUGCAAUCAGCACUGCAUUAAAGACAGGCAUGACUCUGUAGUAGAAACUACUGUAUGGGCUAAUAUCACUUCCAGAAACUACGGUCUGUAGACACAGUUUGUCAUUACAUCCACAAAUGUAGGUGAAAGUGUUUCUGGAGGUGCUGGCAACUCCUCUGGGUGUGGGCCCUAUUAGGGUGGACCCACCAAAGUGGGAAACUGAGUUGUGAUAGGACAAAUCAGAAUUUGGCACCAUUAAUGCUGAGCAAUGUACCGUGUGUACGUGUUUUAAAGCAAUAUGUGCUGACAUCUUGACAAAUUUCAAAACUGCUUCAAACUGGACAAAAAAAUUUAAGAAACAAUUCUACACAGGGACACAACUUUUUUGUUAUUGGUUUUGCGGUAAUGUAAAGUGAAUACAAACUUAAAGCUCCUGGGAGGCACUUUCUGUCUGUGUUAACUUUGGCGCCCCCCUGUGGUCAAAGUGAAAACUCUUAAAUCACUGCUGAUUUCAGCUCAUCAUUGAAAGUGACAAAAAAUCUCGUCCUGUUGUCUUUUAAUGUUGAAUAUUGUUUCACUCACUGCCAGUAUUUGUUUUGAGGAUGGCCUCAUAUGGUGCUGACCAUGUCUUUAACUCCUCAAACAGAAUCAUCAGAUGGAGUUUAUGCAUCCAUUCCUGGACUCAAGGGGUCCCAGCAGAUCAGUGAGGAGUACAAGGUCAUUUAUGACUACGUUGAACAGGUCAGAUAUCUAACACGAGCCACAUUUACAUGUUCUAAUUCUUGUUCACAUUAGAGGGGACGUCUGCUCACUGAGUUUCUGUUCUUUUUUAGGGUCCAGAUGAGCUCUCUGUGUCUGUUGGGGAUGUUGUGAUUGUCACUGAUAAAGGUGAAGACGGCUGGUGGACAGUGCAAAGAAAUGGCCAGACAGGAUUGGUUCCAGGCUCCUAUCUCACCAAAGAAUGA